AUGGCAAACAAUACAACGACAACUGAUGUAUCAGGAGGACAGUCACGGAUGGACGAACGGAUCCUAGAAGCAGCCACCGAUGGUGAUUCCUCAUCAAUUAAAGAGUGGGCCAAGGAGAAUCCAGGCAUUCUGCUUGGAACAAGCCCACAAGGGAACAACUGCCUCCACAUCUCCACCAUCCAUGGGCACAAAAAAUUCUGCAUGGAUGUGCUGGAACUAGAGCCGUCUCUCCUUUCAGAUGUCAACUGCGAGCACGAGACGCCGCUUAUCAUCGCUGUAACACUUGGCCAUGCAUCUUUGGUUUCAUAUUUACUCGAGUGCUGCCGCAAAGAAGAAGAAUUGAGGCGGACAAUCUUGCAACAAGACAGGUAUGGAUUCAACGCACUUCACCAUGCCAUUCGCAACGGCUACCAGAAGCUCGCGCUGGAGUUGAUAAAAGCAGAGCCCGCCCUGUCUAAAGCCGUGACCAGGUACAAUGAGUCGCCCAUGUUCAUGGCCGUGAUGAGGAAUUUUGCAGAUGUUUCCGAAAAGCUAUUAGCCAUUGUUGAUUCUUCCCAUGUGGGAAAGUAUGGCCGCCAUGCUCUUCAUGCUGCAGCUAGAAAUGGAAAUGAAGAUAUUGCGGACGAAAUUUUGGAGAAACGUUCUCACCUGGCCAGAGAAGCUGACUCGGAUGGGAUUACUCCAAUACGAAUGGCUGUAUCUCAUGACAAGUCUGACGUGCUGAUCACAUUGCUGCAACAUGAUUCUUCUUUAGCAUAUGAAACCGACAAGACUGGUUAUCCUCUCCUCUGUUCGGCCGCUACUCGGGGUCAAGUUAAUGUUGCUCGAGUGCUUCUUCUCUAUUGCCCGGAUGCUUUUUAUUGCCCGGUACUCAGAGAUGGUACGGCAAUUGGAAAAAGUUUGACAUGCCUUCACAUAGCUGUACAGAACGGUCAUCUAGAGUUCGUCGAAUUUAUCUUGAGGAGGCCGCAACUUCGGAAACUCAUUAACAUGCAAGACAUGGAUGGAAAAAAUGCUCUGCAUUACGCAAUCCAGCAGUGUGAUCCUAAACUUGUUGCUGCAUUACUGGCUCAUGACGAUAUAAUAGACACUACAAUUCUCGACAACCAUGGUAACUCAGCGGCUUCGCAAUUAUCGAGCAUUACUGAUGAAGACAAGCCUUUAGACUGGGUACAUAUAUGCUAUAAACAUAUUGAAUCAUAUAAUAUUAUUAUUGUAGACCUUAUUAAUUUUUUGUGUUCCUUGUUUUUAAUUGAAUCCAUGCAGAAGGAAGUGCACGUGCUUAUGUGAGGAGCUGAUCCCAAUGAUGAUGACAUCUCAUUGUAUAAUCUAAGCAAGGUAGCCAAGCAACGGGAAACUAUUGAAUCAAGGAAGGAGAGGCAAUCUCAAACUCAAAAAUACACAAACAACACGUCAUUUGUGGCAAUCCUACUUGCGACAAUAACCUUCACCGCUGCUUUCACUCUACCUGGAGGAUAUAGCAGUGAUGCUGGAAGUGCGGGACUUCCCAUCAUGUCUAAAGAGAUUGCAUUUCAAGCAUUCUUGGUCUCUGACACCUUAGCAAUGUGCUCUUCAUUUGUUGCGGCCUUCAUAUGCCUCAUGGGAAGGUGGGAGGAUGCUAACAUCACAAAUUAUUAUAUCUCCGUUACUAAGAAGCUUACUUGGUUUGCAUACAUGGCAACAAUUACAGCUUUUGCGACUGGUUUGUACACAGUGCUGUCCGCACGUGUCCACUGGUUGGCCAUUGGGAUUUGCUCUGUGGUAGGUUUAGUGCCCUUUCUUACUAUGUUCAUAGCGAAAUGGCCUAUCUUGAAGCUCAAGUUUCGCCAAACUUGUCGUGGCUUGAGGCUCAAA